UCUGCAUAUGGAAAUGGAUCUUGCCCAGAAAAUCAAAGAUCACUGGGUGUCCGAGCAGCUAUGUAUUCAUUUAUGGCAGGAGCCAUAUUCAUCACGGUGUUUGGCAACCUUGCCAUAAUCAUUUCCAUUUCCUACUUCAAGCAGCUUCACACACCAACCAACUUCCUCAUCCUCUCCAUGGCAGUCACUGAUUUCCUCCUGGGGCUCAUCAUCAUGCCUUACAGUAUGGUCAGAUCAGUGGAGACUUGCUGGUAUUUUGGGCUUACAUUUUGCAAGAUUCAUUAUAGUUUUGACCUAAUGCUUAGCAUAACGUCCAUUUUCCAUCUUUGCUCAGUGGCCAUUGAUAGAUUUUAUGCUAUCUGUUACCCUUUACGUUAUUCCACAAAAAUAACGAUUCCCCUCAUUAAGCGGUUGCUACUUCUCUGUUGGUCUGUCCCUGGAGCAUUUGCUUUUGGGGUGGUCUUCUCUGAGGCCUAUGCUGAUGGGAUAGAAGGCUAUGACAUCUUGGUGGCUUGUUCCAGUUCCUGUCCAGUGAUGUUCAAUAAGCUAUGGGGGACCACCUUGUUUAUGGCGGGUUUCUUCACUCCAGGGUCUGUGAUGGUGGGGAUUUAUGGCAAGAUUUUUGCAGUGUCAAGAAAACAUGCUCGUGCAAUCAAUAAUUUGCCAGAAAAUCAAAAUAACCAAAUGAGGAAAGACAAAAAAGCUGCCAAAACUUUAGGAAUAGUGAUGGGUGUUUUCUUAUUAUGUUGGUUUCCCUGCUUCUUCACAAUUUUAUUGGAUCCCUUUUUGGACUUCUCUACUCCUGUGGUUUUGUUUGAUGCUUUGACAUGGUUUGGCUAUUUUAACUCCACGUGUAAUCCCUUAAUAUAUGGUUUCUUCUAUCCCUGGUUUCGCAGAGCACUGAAGUAUAUUUUACUAGGGAAAAUUUGCAGCUCACAUUUCCAUAAUACUAAUUUGUUUACUCAAAAAGAAACUGAAUAG